AUAUUGUCAAUAUGUGAUGGAACAUUUAGAUGUGCUACCUAUAAAUGAAAAUGACAGAAUCCGUAGAGCUUCUUGUUUACUCUACUUUUCUUAUCUUCUACAAUGUUAUCAACUUACCUACAAAUCAAUAAGAGCAAAAGGUAAGUAAAUUCCUGUUCCUGUUCUUAGUAUCAGAGAGGUGAGAAGUCGCACGAAGAAAGAUGCCAGAUCCUGGGGUGGACAACACUUUCCUUACGGAGGGAUUAUUUAUCAUUACUUGAAUUCUACAAAAUUGUCUUUGGGCUAUGCCAGCUAAACUUCUCGGACUUUUUCGAAUGGUCUAGAGUAAAGUCAACUAGAGCGAAUCACGCGUAUAAACUAUGUGUUAAGGCAAGUAGAUUGAACUGUUACAAAUACUCCUUUUUUGUAAGGACUAUCGGCUUGUGGAACGCUUUGCCAAAAUACGUUCUAGAGGCUAAUAACUUUUCAGCGUUCAAAAAAGCCCUGAAGGACUAUUUAGAGAUCUAAUUUAUUUAUAUAUUUGUAAUUGUAAUUUUAAUUAGUAAUUUUUAACAAUUAUUUUAUUUAAGGAAGUUUAAUAUAGGGAUAACCUCAAACUUUUUCCUUUUCCUCUGUCACUGUAAUUUCAUGCUUCAGUUUCAUUGUGAAUAAACCUUUAUUGUAUUGUAUUGUAAUAUUCUGUACAAUGAUACUGAAUGUAGACUUACUAAUUUUAAAUCUGUUAGACAUAGGGAAUUCCCAAUUGUAAACUGGCGGAUCAGGCAACCGAAUUUUUUUUGCUUGAUUUGACUUUCUUAAGAUGGUUAUUAAGUUUCAAUUUCCAUGCGUGUCGACAAAUUUUGAUGACGUCAUCCCUUGUGCACUAAAAAAACUACCAAAAGUGCAAAUAACUUAAUUUAACAAGUUUUGAUAUCAUAUAUCUUAUUCUUGGUUUUGUUUCAAUAAUUUGUGGGAGCCUCUAAUUUUGUAGACUGAAUUACCAUUGGUAAAUCUUUCUCUUUGCUUUCGUGAACAUUUCAACCUUGGUAUAAGUAACUAUUAUCAGAAUACAGUGACAGACUUGAGACUAAUUUGGAUGUGGGUGUUGUAUACAUGCACGUACUCAGGAAAAAUGGUGUAGAACAAAUUGUUGACUAUAGCUUAACAUAGAGAGUUGGGUCUAGAGACCUAUAGUUAUUGUAAGAUUUAUUAUUUUUUCUUUCAGAUCCAUUACCAGAUUUACCAACCAGGAUUAAAAUUAAAAUAUUUUCUUUAUUUUCGUUACAACAAAAGAACACAAGGUUGAGAAUUUUUUAUAAAUUCCAUUUACUAUUUUGCGAAAUGCUCAUGUAUUGAUAUCUUGUUAUUUAUGUUUAGAUGUAUUCCAAAGCGACUAAAAGAUAAACUCGUGUGUUAUAUGGUCGUUCUUGCGUUAAUUAUCGAUGGUUAUACCAUAGACUGUAUGCUGCUAUUUAAAGAUUUGAAAAUGGCGUUGCAACGGUAAUUGUUAUUUAAUUUCAACUAAGAUGUUAGUGACGUGAAGAGAUAUAAGGAAGGAGAGUGAAGGGUUUUGGUAAAACCAAUUCCUUUCUUGAUAGAACCUUCUAACGGCGUAUGUUUGUGUAUCAGUACAGUGCCUUUUUAAAGGAAUUUUCACUGAGGGGAGGGUGGGGGGGGGGAGGAGUUUAGGGAAAAUGCGGCUAUUAUGGCUUGCCCAAAGGCGUAAAAUAUAUUGAGUAUAUUUAUAUAGCUGUGACUAAUUAACUUUUAUUAUAUUAGUGUAAUUCAGUCAACUAUCACUUUAAAUCUCAGAAAAUUUGGGGUCACAGGAACGCUUUUUUCUGCUCUCUGGGCAGACCAAUGAUUGAAGCUAUUUUUCCAGGCUGUUAGUGGAAGGCAAUUGCCCACCUAGUUCUAUAGUUGUUAGAAAAGGCCAUCAUGUAUCGGUGGCACAGUGAUUAGUGCCUUUCACUAAAUUGAAAUCUGCAGUUAUCUGAUUAUAAUUUUGCCUUAGUCCCAUCGAAGCUAGGAAAACUCUCCCAGUUUGACUCAAUUUGUGACUUUAUCUAUCACUGCAGGCUUUCCCCUUCGGGUUUCCUUCUCAAGGAACAGGCAUGCAGUUAAAUUUAGGGAGGCCCAUACUGGACCUCCGAGGAGAGCGAUUAAGUACUGAUAUAGCUAUGAGCUACAUGUCCAGUCUAGAUACUGUAUAGUCAGAUUAAUUCUCCAUAUAAAGAUGUUCGAUACGUUUGCAUACAGAGCAUGAAAAUAUAAGUGAGUGGAAUUUCCAUGUUUCAAGCGAAUACCACCUUUCGAUAAUCACGAAUACUUCCUUGGUCUGGGAGCCUCUCGCUUAUGAAUCCAGACUGAAGGCAAUUGGCCCACGAUUCAUUAGAGGGGGUGGGGUUGCAGGUUUUCGACGCCCAAUUUUCCAAAAACUGGCGGGUAAAGCGAAGUUUCUGUUCAUUAAAACGUAGUUUGAGGGUAAAUUGAUGAAUACUGUAACUACAAUACACUGUAUGUGACCAGGGGUUGAAGUGACCGGCCGCCACCAAAGUUUUCACGUGGCGACCAGAUAUUUGCCAAUGGUAGCCUUCGUGGUACCCUAGGCUCAGCGGGUUUCUGGUGUCAGGCGAGUUUUAGGAGGCGACGAGGCAGAGAAAACCUCUGGGCGCGACCUAUUGAAUUUCCUAGACUGGCUAGACAUCGAUUGAUUUAGCGAGAUCAGUCAAUCAACGCAUCGCGCGCAGUGGGUUUCCAAGUUUGGCCAGCACCGCCUGAGUGCAGGCUACAGCUUCAGCGAAACAGGAAACCCCCUUUUCCAGGCUACCCUCAUGGCGACUGAGAAAAAUAUUGAAAAUGAUAAAGUAAUUAAAGCCUUCAAAAAUAUCUCAAGUAUUUUAUCCUGCUUUUGCAUAUAAUUUUCCAAUACUUGGGCGACUAAAAUUGUAUAUUUAAAUUUCAAUCCUUGACUCUGACAUACAUGCACCUAAAAGCAACUAAUGCUGUUAAUUUCUUCUUCACAGAUUUUGUAAUUUUGCAAAGUCAGUGGGAUGUACUAUUGAAUCGAAUCAAGGAAUAAGAAAGCGAAAAUUGGACGAAGAUAGUCCAGCAGGAUCUAAACGUGCCACACUUCAAGUGCCAUUACCUAAAGACUUUCCUAACCAUAUUGUACUUGCAGUGGGGAGAAAGAAAUGAUGAAUAAUUAUGAGCUGUUAUGAAAGAAGGGAUACAUGUGUGCUGUACUUCAAGUACCAUUACCUAAAGACUUUCCUAACCAUAUUGUACUUGCAGUGGGGAGAAAGAAAUGAUGAAUAAUUAUGAGUUGUUAUAAAAGAAGGGAUACAUGUGUGCUGUACUUCAAGUGCCAUUACCUAAAGACUUUCCUAACCAUAUUGUACUUGCAGUGGGGAGAAAGAAAUGAUGAAUAAUUAUGAGCUGUUAUGAAAGAAGGGAUACAUGUGUGCUGUACUUCAAGUACCAUUACCUAAAGACUUUCCUAACCAUAUUGUACUUGCAGUGGGGAGAAAGAAAUGAUGAAUAAUUAUGAACUGUUAUGAAAGAAGGGAUACAUGUGUGCUGUACUUCAAGUACCAUAAUUUAUAAUGACUUUCCUAACCAUAUUGUACUUGCAGUGGGGAGAAAGAAAUGAUGUAUAAUUAUGAGUUGUUAUAAAAGAAGGGAUACAUGUGUGCUGUACUUCAAGUGCCAUUACCUAAAGACUUUCCUAACCAUAUUGUACUUGCAGUGGGGAGAAAGAAAUGAUGAAUAAUUAUGAACUGUUAUGAAAGAAGGGAUACAUGUGUGCUGUACUUCAAGUACCAUGAUUUAAUGACUUUCCUAACCAUAUUGUACUUGCAGUGGGGAGAACGAAAUGAUGGAUAAUUAUGAGCUGUUAUGAAAGAAGGGAUACAUGAUUGUGUUGUGCUGUACAUCAAGUACCAUUAUCUAAAGACUUUCCUAAUCAUAUUGCACUGUGGUGAAGAAGACAUGAUCUAUCAUUGUUGUGUGAAAGAAGGAUACAUGUUGUAAACUGGUACACAAGAUAAGUUAUUUAUCCAGAGUCAUGCCUGAGGCGUGGUAUGAAAACAAUGUAGCUGUUUAUCAAACUGCAGUAAGUGCCGUAAAUAAAAAACAGUGACAUCUUGAAUAAGACUGUUCAUGGAGUGUGUGCAAGAAACUCAAUCCGGAGUAUAUAUCUACCGAACCGUUUAGCAUGUUUGUACUUUUGGAGGUGGUUAUAACUUAUAUUAAGAGAGUGUAAAAUCUCUAGGAUUUUGAUGUCUUUAAUUACAACUUUGCCGAGACCAAGGAGUUUUCCACCUCCAAUCAGAUCUCUUUAUGACUGACCUUUGAUCGAUGUACCACCCAAAUGAAUGCUAUAAAUACUAAAGAUUUUCUGAGAAUCUGUAGCUUCAACUGUUUGGUAGAUAGAGCAAUAUGUCCGAAGUACGGUUUAUUAAAGUCUCCGCUCAUUUUCGGUCUGAAUUGUGC